AUGGUUACAAUAUCAUUUAUCAUUCUUGCCAUAUUCUUUACAUUUGUUUCAUCAAAUAAUGAAAAUAAUAUUAUUCGAAUUACUAAUUCCGGUUCUACAAAUACUGCUGGUUAUGUAAUUGAAUUAUAUCGUAAUGGUCUUGUCAAAUGGACUGUUGCACCUCGAUAUCGUCCAUCUUUCUCAACAACACCAAGUUCUACUACUGCACAAAAUAGCAUUCAACUUUCAUUAUUUCGUACAAACAAUAUCUUUCAAGCUGUUGAACAAGCUUCACCAUUUAAUCAAUAUGAACCUAUUUUUUGUAUUAAGAGUGUUUCUUUUGGUACAAAACUUCAUGUUACUUACAAUGAACAGCAAACACCAGAUCUUAAUUGUCCACAAAGAGAUCAACGAUUAAUUGUUUUGAGCAAAUCUAUAAAUGAAUUAAUCACGGAUCUUCAUAUUAAUACAUUUGGUUAA